AUACCGACCUUCCAGAGGAAGACCAACCCAAUAAACCAUGUCCAUGUGGACCACAGAAACACCACAAGACCUUCCCGCUAAAAAGGACGGCCACGUCAGCAAUGAUGAGAAAUGCCAGGGUGCCGGCCUUUGGUUCAAAUUUAUAUUUAGGUUGAGAGCAUUGUGCCUUACGAUGAAGAGAAGCCUUCGUUUAUUGAAGAAAUUUUCAACAGGCAUCACGCAGAGUGCAUCAAAUCCAUCUCCGUCUGGCAAUAGAACAAUGACUCAACUGGAGAAGCUGCGGACAUCAACUUGCAUAGUGGGCAGUGGGCCUGCUGCCCACACAGCUGCAAUCUACACAGCACGGGCAGAGCUCAAGCCUGUGCUUUUCGAAGGUUUCAUGGCCAAUGGCAUCGCCGCCGGCGGGCAGCUUACCACCACCACCGAUGUCGAAAACUUUCCCGGUUUUCCUGACGGAAUCAUGGGGUAUGAGCUCACGGACAAGUUCAGGGAACAGAGCCUCCGCUUUGGGACACAGAUCAUCACGGAAACUGUCGAUCGCGUUGAUCUUUCCGUCAGGCCAUUUAGGGUUUAUGCAGACAAACUGGAGGUUGAGGCAGACACCGUUAUUAUUGCCACAGGGGCCGUAGCCAAGCGGCUUGAUUUCCCCGGUGCGGGCGACGAGGGCUACUGGAACAAGGGCAUCUCGGCCUGCGCGGUCUGCGAUGGGGCUGCCCCCAUUUUCCGCAAUCGGCCCCUGGCGGUGAUUGGGGGCGGCGACUCUGCCAUGGAAGAGGCAAAUUUUUUGACCAAGUAUGGCUCUAAGGUGUAUAUUAUUCACAGGCGUGACGCAUUCAGAGCCUCCAAGAUCAUGCAGAAGAGGGCGCUGGAGAACCCUAAGAUCGAGGUCAUAUGGAAUGCGGAGGUUUUGGAGGCGCUGGGGAACGAGAAGGGUUUGCUUAGCCGGCUGAAUUUGAGGGACACGGUCACGGGAGAGGUGAAAUCCGUGGAAGUUUCGGGGCUGUUUUUUGCCAUAGGGCAUGAGCCGGCUACAAAGUUUUUAGGAGGACAGCUCAAUCUCGAUUCUGACGGUUAUAUCGUCACCGAACCCGGGACGACACAGACCAGUAUUCCUGGGGUUUUUGCUGCUGGCGAUGUUCAGGAUAAGAAAUGGCGCCAAGCUAUCACUGCUGCUGGCACAGGAUGUAUGGCAGCAUUGGAAGCAGAACACUUUCUGCAGGAAAUUCAGGGGCACGAGAGUAAGUAGAGUUGACCUCCCUACUUAUGGGAUACGACUAGCUAUACUCGAGAUUGUCGACAUUUCUAUCAGCAUUUAUUGUUCGGUACUGCGUACCUGAUGGUAGUGAAGUGCAUCCUAUAAUAGAGGAUGCCGUAUAAUACUGGUCAUUCAUAUGGCACAGGUUAUCCAGAUUUAAUUUCUAAGAUGGCCUCUGCCUUCUAGUUGUAUCUCUUGUUCUCACCAAUUUUUUUGGGGAGUGCAUUUUAAUGGCCUGUUAUUCUUACAUUUAUAAAUAACAUUGAAUCACCACUGGCAUUUUUUUCCUUGCAGGCAAAGAUGUUAUUUUUGCCAAAAUAUAACAUUAUUUGGCAAUUCUUUUGGUGCUGCUCUAAAAACUUUAUAAAAUUAUUGUCUGAAAUUUUCAGAGCUCCGUUACAUUA